AUGAUGCGACAUGGUGGCUCCUCUGGUCAAGUUCGACGCAGCCUGGAUUUGGAAGAAGAGAUCAUCAAGCUUCCUGCGUGCGAUAUGACAUCGGCUGCAGAGAAAUUUAAGUUAACUGUGAUUGGUAGAAUGUUCCAUAAAGAGGGACGAAACAUGGAGGCAGUGCUGGGAAUGCUCCCUAAACCGAAGAUCUGGGACGUAGAAGGAAGAGCUCGGGGUACAAGCCUGUGGAAUGGGCAGUUCCUGUUUGAUUUUGAUAAUGAGGAGGACAUGGCAAAAGUUUUGAGGAAGCGCCCAUGGCAUUACAAUAGGUGGAGCUUCUCACUAGAAAGAUAG